GAUCAAAAAUCGAACAGUAUUUUAUUUCAUGCUAACAGAACAGACUGCCCAGAUUAUAAAUGCAUUAACGAAAAUGUACACGAAGUGUGCGGCAUCAGACAAGAUGGCGUCGGUUACGGAAUUAAAUUAUUUAAGAGUAAAUGCGAAUUAGUUAAAAAUAAUUGUGAAAAUGAUCAGAAAUAUGAUGAAACUGAUCUAUUUAUUUGUAAAGAAUCAGAUAAUAUUAGUAAAGAUGUAUAUAAUGUAAAUUUUACUAGUAAAAAAUAUGAUGAAAAAGAAGAUAAAAAUAUAAAAAAUUUAGUAGUUAUAAACGGCAACAUGCUUGGACUUAAUGGUGAUAUAAAUGACACAAUCGACACUUUCUUUGCUGCGUCUCAUGUAUUUGAUUUACCGUUAAAAGAAAUACGACCUUUCAAUACUAGGAGGAAGCAUUUGAAAUACGCUGGACCGGCAAAGGUAUUCGUACCUUGGAUUGUUAUACCUAAAAAUAUUAGCAACGACACAUUCCACAGACCUACGCUUUCAUCGUGCUACCACAAGUGCCCAAUUAAAUGUCCAGAUACCUAUGCACCGGUGUGCGGAGUCCCUGGCAUCGUGGCGCGUGAACCGGCUUUAAUGUUCCAGAACCACUGCUUCAUGGACGUAGCUCAGUGUAAGAUGUUUUGGGAAGGAAAAAGCAGUACAUCACACAGCUCCUCGUACGUUGAGGCUUCCUUUUUGUUCUGCAUGGGAGAUGAAAUGAACGCCGUCUAUAGGUUCUUACCCGCUAUAAGGACGCUCCAACACAUGGGACGUCUAAAGAAGAAGGGAAAAUUCAGAGCCAAAUUAAGAAAUUUUAGAUAUUUGAGUGAGUUCAGAUCGGGACGUCCUAAAUUUAUGGGUUGAA